AUGGACGACCAGUUUGGAGGCCGAACCGAUGACGCUUUGUUUGCCGACGAUUUUGAGCCUGUCGAGACAGCAGUAACUAGAGCCAGUUCUUUAGCCAAGACUGUCAAGCCAGACGCCACCCCGAAGCCGACCACGCCUCUUGCCCUGGACGCCAAACCGGACCUGAAGGCUGUGACUGCCAAGGUUGUGCCGAUCAAGGCAGCUAACACCAAAGCGGCACCCAGCAAGGCUGUGCCCAGCAAGGCUGCGCCGGCGAAGUCCAGCCCAGCAAAGACAGCUCAGGCGAAGGCUGCCCCUUCCAAACGCAACGUGCUCGCGAAGACGAAGAACCUGCCUGCAUCGCAUGCUUUUGUGGGGACAGAUGCGAAGCAGCCGUCUUUGCCAAUCUCAGAGCAGCAGGGAGUCGCUCCCCCACCCUCACUCGCCCAAUCACGGCAUAACAACAACCCUGUCAGCUCGCCUCGGCCGAGCGCCAUCGGCCGCCCGGGUGGAAAGACCCCGAAUGGCAAAUCCGAAAAGGCCCGAAAGAGCGAAAAGACAGGGAUAGCAGAGAAAGGCGAGAAGGGCAGGAAGGACACGAAGGACGAUAAGGGCGAAAAGAAAAAGGACGAGGACGACGCCAACGAUGACACCAAAGCCGAAGCGAGCAUAGAGAUUGACGGCAGAGUCAAUGGAAACACGCCAAACGGCGCAAAGCAGAAUGAAUCAAAGCCGGCAGCGGCACCGAAGCCGACGGGAAAGCCCGGGGAGGGCAACAUGCGACUACAGUCAGGCGCAAACCCGCGUGCAAAGCUGACGGACGCCGAGCUCAACGCGAAAAUGGAGGCUAUGCGCAUCGCGUCAGCGGAGAAGGCGCGGCGGUUUGAGCAGGCGCAGCGUGACGAGCGCGCCCACGAGAUCGCGUUUACACGGGGCAUGGAGGAGGCACGCCGCCGCAAGGCUGUCGAGGAGGAUAAGCGGCGCCGCAACGAAGAGGACCGGCGCCGCAUGGAUGAGGAGCGUGAACGCAACCGCGACCGGAAGCUCAAGGCGAUGGGAAUGAAGGAGAGCAGCUGGGACGAGGGCAAGGAGGCGCAUGUUGACGAUGACCAGCGGCAUCGGGGCAACGGUUUCCGUGGCGCACACGGUGGCAUGCGCGGAUCCAGACAUGCGGGUGGAAUACCUCCCGUUGCCAACAUCAACGCCCUGGGCGACAGCGCCGCCGCCUCAGCAGCUGAGCCCAGGGUGCUCCAGCCGGGAGAAUUCCGUGGCCGGGGCCGAGGUCGAGCACGGGGACGUGGCAUAGGCCGCAACAGCGGCGGUCGCGGAGGUGGCGGACGGGUGGCGUUUGACGACGUGUACGGCAACGGUGCCGGUGUGGCAGAGUGGGUGCAGGGACAGCCUGACCCGUCCGUCAUGGCCCCCCCCGGGUCCUCUGCGCCCGAGCUGUCCGUCGAGGAAUUUCCUGCUCUACCAGGCAGCAAUGCCGAGGGUACCAAGGAGCCAGCUGCGCCUGUUGCUACCAUUGCCGCCCUUGCCGCUACCUCCAUCAUUCCGCCGCUCGAGCCGGCCUUGGGGACGUGGGAUGAAGAAGUCGCCGCCAUCGAUGCAGAACUGGCCGCUGCCGCAAAAAACGGCCAGUAG